AGCAGGAACUGAAUUUGCGAGGGGGGGGCAGAGAGAGAGACAGAGAGAGAGAGAGAGAAAUAUAUUUGGCGGGAAAGAGGAAGAGAGAGAAUGAACAGGACGGCGGCGGCGGCGGCGGCGUUAGAAUCAGAAGCACCUGAUCUGGUAUGCCAGCUGGACAACGUCCAAGGAAUGGUCGACGCCCUCACCGCCGUCCGAUGGAAACGCCAUCAGGAUGCGGUCAUCGAAUUAUCCGAACACGGCAUCGUUUUGAUAGUGGAGGAAACCGCUUGUCUUCAGGCCAAAGUUUAUCUGCAGCGCGAGCUUUUCGUUCGUUAUGAGUACAGUGCGCAAGGGCGACCGCGUUUUGGAGUGAGCUUGGGCUUGUUUGUUGAUUGCUUGAACACGUUUUCAGUUCCUGGACAUUCAAGCACAAUUGAAAUCCAAUACCCGGGUCCUGAUAUGCAGCUACUUCUUAAGUCUGUUGAUUCAUUGGAUGCAGGCAUCUAUGCAGAGAUCAGAACAAGAAUCCCUGAUACAAUUUCAUGGGAUUACAAUUUUGAACCUGCAGGGAGCGCGCCACUUACUUUUACUGUUAAGUCUGCAGCACUGAAGGAAGCUAUUGAUGAUCUUGAAUGGCCUGGUUCGAGCAUCCAGGUCACAUUACAACCAGUUCCUCCAACUGUUACCUUUAGAGGUGAUGGCCAUGGAGAUCUGCAGAUAGACUUCAUGUAUUAUGCAAAUGCGGAUCUUUUGAUGGCAUUUCAUUGUGAUCACCAAGUUUCUCACAGGUAUAAAUACAAGUUCCUCAAAGCAACAACUUCGAACAUACCUGGUAGCGUCAUUAAAGAUAAUAGGGGAAGCAAGUUGACUAUUGGGAGAGGUGGAAUGCUGAAAGUUCAGCACCUGGUUUCAGUGGCAAGAUCAUCCAUUCCUCACCCGCAUAUCGAUUCUGCUGGCUAUCAGCAUCCAAGUCGUAUUGCUUAUAUUGAAUUCUUCGUAAAACCAGAGGAAGAUGAAGACACUGAGAAUGAUUAGUUGGCGCCAUUUAUCUUUUUGGGGGAGCAAUUGCACAUAAUAGGAAUCUCCUUUUGUUUCUCCUUGUACUGAUUAUAGUUGCAAGUUGCAACAAUGAACUUGAAAAAAAAUUUGUAUGAUAGUUCGCCUUGUUAUUAUUA